ACGUUCCUAUUGACGAUUAAGCUAGAUUAUGAUUCUUUUAUAUCUUUCUCAGGUAAUUUGUGAAUGAACACUGUUCUACUUCUGUUCUUUCUGGCUUAUCAAACAACACUGAUCCCUUACCAACCUUAAACCAAAAAAGCAAAACAUUACAAGUCUUUACAUGGUUCAAAGCUACUCAUUGUAAAAGUGUUCAAACUUUACAUUCAACUUCUCGAUUCCAAAAAAUUUCAAGCAAAGGUUUAAUUCGCUUUCACUAUUAAAUUACGUUUUCUUUAUUCUUCAAAAUUUUUCUGUUAACAUAUAAUGACCUGGGAAAAUCUAACUUGAUAUAACGCUUCUUUAUAGCAAACAGUCAAUUUUAUUCAAACUCCACGAAACUAGCAAGCAUUGAUAUUUAUUGGAAUUUAUCAAGUAUUUCUCUUUUAUUUUUAUUCUUUUUACUCUAAAAAACCGAUAUUUAUACGAUUCAAUACUUAAUCAGUGAAGAAAUGCAAGACAUCCAAAAGUCUAGUAUUUUCACCCUUCCAGACGAUUUACUUUCGUCUAUCGAUCUCAAACCAGAUCUUUCAUCUAAUAUUGUGACACCUGAUGCAAAUGAAGAAGCAGAAAAUGAGAAAGAAUCUCGGAUUACUGAUUCUACCCAAAAAAAUGUUUUGUCAUGUACCAUAUGUGGAAUCAAUGAUCUAAGUAAUUUAGAUAAUCGAAAGCAACAUGUGAGAUCAGAUUGGCACCGCUUUAAUGUGAAACGUACAGGGGCCGGUCUUUCAUCUGUCUCUCAAGAUGAAUUUGAGCAAUUUUUAGACAAUCUAACUGAAUCCAUAUCUGGGUCAGAAAGUGAUGAUAGCUCAGACGAGGAAGAAGUCAAUAAAGCCCAGUGGGAAAAGGCAUUUCAGAAUUCUCUUCGAAUCAAAGAGAACCCUCAGCAAGAAAACGAAGAAUUAACAGGUCACAAAAAAUCACCAAUUGUUUGGUUUGAAAUAAAAAAUCAAGACCCAACAAACCCGCUGUUCCUUGGUAUUUACCGACACUUAUUUCCAUUAGAUUCCGCCAUUACAAAAGAUCAACUUUUAGCAGUCCAAACCGAGAAUCAAAAGAAACCAUUUCAAGUAGCCAUGUUCAUGCUUGGUGGUGGUCAUUUCGCAGCAAUGAUAGCUACCAACGAGCCUUCAGCGAAAACUCCUCAGUCUUCUAUUAUUCCCAAAGUCUUGGCCCAAAAGACUAUCCAUCGAUAUACGACAAGAAGGAAACAAGGUGGAUCCCAAGGUGCCGCAGAUAAUUCGAAAGGUGGGAUACAUUCAGCUGGUAGUAGCCUUCGUCGAUAUAACGAAUUAGCAUUGAUUCGGGAUAUCCAACAACUAUUUAAAGAGUGGAAAUCUCUACUUGACAAGUGUGAUUUGAUAUUUAUCCGAGCAAUUGGUGCAUCAAAUCGCUCCAUAUUCUUUUCUCAUACAGAUCCUUUAGUUGAUCCUAAAGACAAUAGAUUAAGGACAUUUCCUUUUACUACCAAGCGUGCUACACAUUCUGAAUUGCUUCGAUGUUAUAAAGAGUUAAUUACUCCCAAAAUCAGUAAUAUCGACACUCAAGCACUGGAAACUCACCAACAGGAACUUAAAAAAGAGAAUGAAGCAAAAAAAAUUGCAGAGCAAGAACUUCGAGAAAAGCAGGAAAACGAGAAAAGGAUAUUGGCAAAGCAUACUGAUGCAUUGCUUACUAGUUUGAAAGCAGAUAAUCUAGAAGAAGUUUUAAAGUAUCUUCGUGCAAAUGGUCUAUCUAUCAAUUUCAGAUUUCACCCUUUGAAUGUUCAUAUCCAUACUUCUUCCCCUUUACAUUAUGCUGUUGCUCAAGGAAACACAAAGCUAGUAGCGAACCUUCUUCGUGAGGGGGCAGACCCUACUAUACAAAAUGGAAACGGUAAAACUCCAUAUGAAAUUAGCUCGAGCAAUCGAGAAGUGCGAGAUGAAUUUUCAAUAGCUCGACAUGAGCUUGGCGAAAAUGUGUACGACUGGGAGAUGGCCAAAGUUGGUACAGCAAAGUCACGAGACCAGGUAGAAAAACUGAGACAAAAAGCGAAAGCUCGUUUAGAAAGCCAAAAAGAAGAGCGUGAACAACAAGAGGCACAACGACGUCAGGAAGCCAUAAAAAAAAUUCAAGAACAAGAGAAGAAAGGUUACGAUUCCCAAUUUGGUAAAGGACAUUCCUUGGGAAUUAAUCAAUUACGCAAAGAAGAUGAUCUAAAGUCUCUAAAUCCAGAAAUGCGGCGAAGAAUCGAGCGUGAAAAACGAGCAGCGGCAGCUAUGAAGCGGUUGCAAAAACAAUAAAGCAAUGGAAAGAUAGAUUUUACAAUGAAUGAUGAUUUUAUGAAAAAGAUACUGUUAUAAUUAUAAAUGUAUAGAAAGCAAAGAUAAGAGAGAAUAAAAGUU